AUGUCGUCAGCUGUAGCGGAACUGGAGAGUUAUCUCAACUCCAUGCUGGCUUUGAAAGCCCCUGGCGUCUCUGGCUCCAAAAUCCACAGCAUCACAACAUUGUGCACAGCAAAUGUUCAGAAUGAAUCCGUUCUUAUUCAAAAGAUCUACACCCAUUUCAAAAAGGCACCGGGCACCCACAAGUUGGGCGUACUCUAUGUCGUAGACUCUGUAACCCGACAGUGGGUAGAAGCUGCACGCAAGGCUGGACAACCACCUGGGAGUUCCGCCCCAGAUGGAACUUUCGCCGCUGGUGUUAACCGAGUCACCGAACUUCUGCCUGUUUUGAUGGGAGAUAUCAUAAACACCGCCCCACAAGAUCAAAAGGUACGCAAUAGAUAUGCAUCCGAAUUCGAUGUUGGGGCCGAUGGCCCUGGUGACAAGAUCAAGAAGCUCAUUGAUAUCUGGGAGAGGGGAUGCACAUUCCCCCUUCCUAUGCUCGCCUCCAUGCGAGACAAACUGAACACGAACACCCCCCAAAACGUCGAGUCAACCACUCCUGAAGGAUCUCCAGCUCCAGGUUCGAACCCAAUGGGAGGGAACGCCUCUGCUGCUGCCCCAGAUACCUCGAGUAUCUUGAAGGCAUUGGCCGACAUGGCCAAGCAGAACACCGCCCCCGCUGCCCCUGCCCCAGCCCCAAACCCACUGGCGGCUUUGAACCCCUCUGCCCCGUUGCCAAUCUCAUCCGCCGAUGCCUCGGUUCCCUCCUCGGCUCCCAACCAAUUUGCCGCCCCCAAUGCUAUGAACCCCUACGCUGCUCUGGGCGCUCUCGGUCAGAACCCCGCCUUGGGCCAGCCUCAAACCCAGAGCCCUACCCCCAACCCGAUGGCAGCCAUGCUUCCUCAGGCCGCAGCUCCAGCUAUUCCCGAUGGAGGUGCAAUGGCACAGCAGCUUCAGCUGCUCCAAAUGCUUGCCGCUCAGGGAAUCCCCCAAGAACAAUGGGCAACUGCCCUGCAGCUCUUCACCAUGAGCAACAUGGGCGCAAACCCGGCCCAGCCUGGCUUCAAUAAUGCCAUGCCGGGGAUGCCUCCGAUGCCCGGUAUGCCUGGAAUGCCCGGAAUGCCUGGAAUGCCUGGAAUGCCUGGAAUGCCUGGAAUGCCCGCGAUGCCUGGAUGGGGCUCACAAGAUAAUCAGAAUCGAGAUGAUCGUGAUCGUGACCGCCAAUACGGUUCCCCUGGAGGAUAUCGCCGCCGUUCACGCUCUCCCGGUUGGGACCGACGCCGUACUGCUUCUCCCCCUCGUCGCCGUGACAGCCCUGUCUAUGGUGAGUACCGUGGUGAAUCCCCUGGUCGUCGAGGUGAUCUUCGGGAUGCCCGUGGACGUCGAGGCAAUGAGUACCGCCAGCGUAGCCCUGGACGCAGACGCCGUUCACCCUCACCUUCUCGCAAUGACCCUAAUCUCCCCCCUCCGGGUCCUAAGCUGAUUGAAUGGGAUUAUUCUAUUGGCCAAAACAACAUGAAGGUCUUGAGUCGCACCCUUUUCGUCGGCGGUGUCACCUCCUCCGAGGCCAACCUGCGUGCCCUGUUCGGCAAAUUUGGUAUCGUCCAAACCUGCAUUGUCAAUGUCGACAAGCGUCAUGCAUUCAUCAAGAUGAUUUCUCGCCAGGAUGCUAUCGCCGCACGUGAUGGGAUGGAGUCGUACCGCGCGGGUGAGAUGCAGCUGCGCACCCGGUGGGGUGUUGGAUUCGGACCCCGUGACUGUAGCGACUACCAAACUGGUGUCAGUAUCAUUCCCAUUGAACGUUUGACCGAGGCAGACCGCAAGUGGAUGCUUACUGCGGAGUACGGUGGCACUGGUGGCCGUCAGAUUGAAUCUGGAAUGGUGGUAGAGGAGCCUGACAUUGAGAUCGGUGCGGGUGUAUCUUCCAAGGCUAUCAGCCGUCGCAUUGCAACCGACACUGGUGGCAAACGGGGCCCAAUUUCCACUCGCACUCAAGGUGAUCGCUUCACUGGUCGCCGUCCGGAGCGUGAUGGUUUCGGUGGGAGUCACAACUCUGGCUCUCAUGAUCGCGGUGACGUGAACAGCAUGAACAACCCUGGUGUUCCUCCUGCUGUUCCUGCAUAUGGUUUCAGUUUCCCUAAUAUGCCCAUGCUCCCACCUGGUUUCAUGAUGGGUGGUCAGGCUGGCUCCAUGCCGACUUCUCAACCCCCGCCUCCGGGUCAGGGUGAGUAA